AUCUGGUAGUUAUUGGCAUUUACUAGGGUUUGUACUUUGUCAUUUCCCAACGGCCAUUCCCCCUUGAGCCCCAAAAGAUCAGAGUUGUUCCCUUUUUUAUUCUUCUUUUAACUUUCACAAAUAUAAGCUGCAAAAAGAUUGAACUUUUUUCAGUAACAAUGUCAAACAAAUCACCAAUCUUUCCAAUGCCUGAGCCUCACCACUUCAGUGAUUAUGGCUUCGACCCCCAAUUCCACUAUUUCCAGGUUUUGGAACAAGCAAGGAAACACAAGAAAGGGACGCGAGACUCCAUUGAUUCAUUACAGUUCAAGCUCGAAAAACCCAUCUCUAAAGACGACCCAAAGUCCAAAACGAAGAAAUACUGGUGGAGAAAUGCUCUCUUGUUCUUCAACUGGAAAAAAUGGUCUCCAAAUAGCAAUAACCAGCAUGAUGAUCGAGCAAAGGCUAAAGCUUUAAGGGCAUCGAAUUCAGGACCAAUUUACAUGAUUGAGACCAGCAAUAAUGGUUCAACCACUCCUUAUCGAACCAGUAGCCGACCAUCUUCAGGCCCUUUGACUGGAAUUUCGACUCCUUAUAUUAGUCUUAGGGAACUUAACAUGGAGCAACAACAACAUAGGUUUUCUACUUCUUCUUUACCCAUAUAUUUGGUCACUUAACCCAUCAUUUUUUUUUUGGGUUAAGCUAGUUUUUUUUUCUUUUUCUUUUAAGCUCUGUUUAUCAUCUUCUUGGGUUGCACACACUGACAGAAGUGUUUGAUAAGUUUGUUUUAAAAGCUUUUAAUGGAUGACAUGAUUUGGUCCUCCAUUUUUGGUUCAUUUCUGCAAAACUAAUAAACUCUUCAACUUUUUUUUU